CCCAAGUGGCAUUAACAUGUUAAUCGACAACGAUGAGCGAACCACAUAGAUCACUCUCGGCCUGUCUGCGUUGCAGAAGACAGAAGCUCAAAUGUGGCGGUCCCAGCAAAAUACCAUGCCAGCGAUGUAAAGUGAGCCAUGCGGAAUGUGUCUUCGUCCCUCCAAGGGCAACACAGCCUGCGGCUAAUGUACUGGAUCUUGAUGCCAAAACGGACCAUCUCGAGCGGCGAUUGGAUUUGAUGGAGCGACAGCUUCGAUUAGAAAUUGAGAUAUUGCGAACAGGGCUUGCUCAAAAUUCACCCACCGUGGAACCAGCAAAUCCUCAUGACUCAUUAUUACCGCCUAAUACAGCCGUUCUAUCAGCCGUGUCCAGGGACAUCACUUCUAAUACCGCCUCCCCGACAAUCACUGCUGGAAGUGAAUGGGAUGAGCUGUACACAUUUUUUCGUGCUAAUUGCAGCACGGUAAUUGCCGUGAUAGACGAUCAGCUAUUUCUGACCAGUGAAGCGAUUAAGAAUCACCCCCUCAUGUCAGCUGUCAUACGUACAAUUGCAUCAAGGGCUAUGCGCCCCGAAACAUAUCAAUCACAUGUUGCGGCGGUUGAUAAACUGAUUAUGCAUACGUUUCAAGGCCCAGUGCCUGAUUUUCUUGGUGUUUACGCCAUGAUGCUAUUUGCAACAUGGACCGGACGAACUCGCCUGAUGGGCUACGUUGCCUCUGUGGCCACCGAAUUGAGGUUGCACGAAGCCGCUGUUCUAAUCGGAAACAAGGAUAUUGAUCAUACGCCAGAACUGGUUGAAAGUGCAAGAGCCUGGUUCACCCUAUGUUGCUUAGACCUGCAAAUGAAUCUCAGUAGGCCAUUUGUUAUCAACAACAUGAAACAAUAUCUGGGUUUUGCAAAGCAUCUCGUUAUGUCUCCUUAUCACCGCCCAGUUGAUAACCGCAUCUGUGCCUACAUCCAAGGAUUCACAAUAGCGGGAGAUUUAAAAGGAAAGCUACAAGACUCUCAGAUGAGGUGCAAGCCUUUAUCACAGGCCGCCGUUGAUCUCUUGACUUCUUCAGAUGAGGCCGUUGAUAACUGGCUUCAUAAAAUGACCAAUAAAUUCCACCCGCUCUACCAAGCCUUCCCAGAGAAGCAGGAUAGAAAUCGCCUACUAAUCCCAUUUGCCUUCAUGAAACUCUAUAUCAAUGGCCUCGCCUUGCAAGGCAUGGGGUCAGUGGAUGACUUGAGUUUGGAUCCGGUCCGAAUAGGAUUCAUUCAGCGAGCUUUAGACAGUGCCAGUCUAAUGAUUCAAACUCAAUAUGAGUCCCCGGGCUUCAGGCGAUCAUUCAAAUAUACCAUGGACUAUUCUGGCAUACCAGCAUACUACGCAAUCCUCUUCAUUCUGAAAGCUCUUCCUCUAGCUCACAGUUUCGUCGAUUCUCGGCAUCUUCUAACCAGGGUCCAACAAGCUGCGGAGAUGUUCGAAGAAGCAGGAGCUCAAGAUACUGCCAACGAGCUUCGACGAGACAGUGAUCUAUUAGCGGAGUUAACUCAAACAGCCCUAAGUCCUCGAGUUGCCCAGAAUUCUAGCAGCGAUAUACAACUCAGCGAGCUCUUUGAUAUUCCCAACUUUCUUGAAGAGAUGACAUGGGACGAAAACUUCCCUGCACUGGGUAUAUUUCCCUGGGAAUGAACACGAGAUGGCUGGUGGAAAUCUUGAAUAACUUGGCUUCUACUACUAUGGUGUAAAUCAAUUGAAUAUAUCUUACCGGUUCCAGCGGCCGCCCUUUUUCAUAACCGCAAUAAACUCAGCUUUCACUUUAUCUGCGAAAUCAUGAUUGAUCAGGACAUCGAGGGAGAUGAGAGCGUUUGCCUGGCCAGCUUUCAGUGCCUCUUGGUGGGCAAACUCCCCAGCGGAUGCCUCACGGAACCCAAUGGAAUGAGGGAAGUCUGUUGCGUUGAUCGAGAACAUGGCUUGAAUUCCCG